AGUCGAAAACGUCCACAUUUUAUAUACAUAAAUAUUCGAUCAACUUAUUAUUGAUGUAACAAAAUUAAUUCUUUUUCAAUUUGCAAACAAUCACUUACGUUUUUUUUUUUACCAUUAUUAGAGUAUAACUUUUUAUCUUUUCAACCAACUUUUUCUCUGUUUUAUCGUUCUAAUUGUUUUUUUCUCAUUUUCAAUCUUGUCUUUCUAGUUUCGGCUCUUUGGUCCGUCAAUUGUAACUUAACGAAAGUAAUAAUUUCCACGUCAUUUGACAUCGAUCAUCGGACGAAAUCGAGCAAACGCCAGCAAAAUGCCGAAGGACACAGGUUGCAAAAGUUGCGACGGUCCUGGCUACACGUCACCUAGUGCAGCGAUGCUCGAAGGGCCACGCGAGAAAUUGUUAUACGUCGCCUGUGUUCAUACGGAUCAAAAUAAAUCCGAUGUCCUGUGCACCGUUGACGUAGAUCCGGAUAGUCCCGAUUAUUGUAAGAUCGUUCACAAAUUGCGAAUGCCCUACAUUGGCGACGAAUUGCAUCAUUCCGGAUGGAAUAUCUGUAGCAGUUGCCACGGUGUACCACGAAAACGGGAUACCUUGGUACUUCCUUGUCUGGUGUCUGAUCGCGCCUACUUUAUCGAUACAACCAAUGAACGGGCUCCAACAAUCAAAAAGGUACUGAGCCCAACGGAGGUACACAAAUACGGAGUAUCGACAUUGCAUACAAGUCACUGUGCGCCAACCGGAGAAAUUUUAAUUUCUACGCUAGGCAAAUCGAAUGGAGACGCUACUGGUGAUUUUCUCUGUAUCGAUUCCGAAACGCUCGAAGUGAAAGCCACAUGGACCAUGGGAGAAAAAAAAGCAGCGUUCGGUUACGAUUUUUGGUAUCAACCGUAUCACGAUACACUUGUUGCGAGUGAAUGGAGCGUGCCUAGAAUUUUUAAAAAAGGCUUCUCUCCGGAUAACAGCUCCAAUCCUGCGCUUUAUGGCAGAAGCUUGAAUUUCUAUUCGUGGAAUGAAAGAAAGUUAAAGCAAGUGUUGAAUUUGGGCGAUGAUGGAAUCGCGCCACUUGAAAUACGAUUUCUUCAUGACCCAAAAGCUAACGAGGGACUCGUCGGGUGUGCGAUUUCUUCAAGUGUAUUUAAGUUUUACAAAACGCCGAACGGCGAAUGGGCUGCAAAAAAAGUUAUUCAAGUUCCUCCGAAAAAAGUAGAAGGAUGGAUAUUUCCAGAAAUGGAAGGAAUGAUAACGGACAUUUUGAUCAGUCUCGACGACAAGUAUCUCUACCUAUCGAAUUGGUUUCAUGGGGAUGUUAGACAAUAUGAUAUUUCUGACAUGGAUAAUCCGAAAUUAACCGGACAAAUAUUUCUUGGAGGCUCAAUUUUAAGCGAUUCGAAAGUUCGUGUAAUUGGAGACAAGGAACUAAGUAGCCAACCGAAUCCAGUUUAUGUCAAAGGCCGGAGACUCGAUGGAUCACCGCAGAUGCUUCAAUUAAGUCUCGAUGGGACACGUCUAUAUGUGACUACUUCAAUUUUCAAACCAUGGGAUCAACAAUUUUAUCCUGAACAUGUCAAAAAUGGUUCGACCAUGGUCAAGCUAGAUGUUGAUGUUCAAAACGGAGGCUUGAAACUCGAUGAACAAUUUUUGGUGGACUUUGGCACAGACAAAAAUGACAUUUUACUUGCACACGAAAUGCGUUAUCCAGGAGGUGACUGUACAUCAGAUAUAUGGCUGGCGGAAGAUUAAUCUACUCGUCGAUCGUCAAUAUAUAUUUUCAUUUUAAUAAAUAAUAUCUUAGAUGCUUAGCAAAGUAUCAGUGGUACAUAUAAUCUUCUAAUAUACUGAAAUACUUUACAAACGUCAGAUAUGAUCGUUUUUGCGCUGCCUUUUGUAAUCAAAUGUUAUAUAACUCUUCUAAGAGUGAAUAUUUUUUUUAGUCUGUCAGAAAAAUUGUUUUUCACUAAUUAUUAAUAUUAGAAAUACAUUUUAUUGGGUAACUUAUAGAUUAUAAAGAAAAUUAUAUAAUCCACUAAAAUAAAUACUGCAUUUAUUUAAACGAAACUUCAGUUAAUGUCUGAUUCUUACUAUAUAAACGAAAAAUUAUAGAUAAUGCAGAAAGUCAUGGAUUUCUAAAUGGAUUGUGAUAAAGAAAACAAAAUACAUCCAUAAAUUAUAAAAUAUACUUACGUACGUUGAUUUGCUUAAAAGCAAAAUAAAGAAAUAAAUAUCUUGCGCAAUCCAACGAAUGAUCGAAUUCAAUUUGUCUAAUAAUAUUAAACUCUAUUUUACCCCAUCAAUGAGGAUACUUUUUAUUUGUAAAAAAUAUAAUAAUAUAAUGCUGACGCUGCUGGCAGUAGCGAUAUUUUCAACGAUGGUAGUGGUGCUGACAACGACGAGAAACGGUACAAUAACAGUAACGAUUAUAUAACAAUGAUGUUUCAUGUAAUCGCACAAUAUGGUAAUUAUUAUUUAUCUUAAAUAUAAUGAUAAAGACGAUAAAUUAAUGUAACAAUAACGCGUAUAAUAUGUAUAUAUGUGUGUGUAUGUGUAUAUAAUGACGAAAGUGUGGCAACAUCAACAAAUACGUGCCACGUUUUUUAAAACGAUAAACAUCAUAAUAACAGUACAAAAAGAACGUUACAAAAAACGAUUCCAACUAAUAUUCCGAUGAAUUUGCUUCGAAAUUGGCAAUGGAAUGGUAUAGUUUAAUCUAAAUAGGAUAGGGGAGGAGGAGAAUGGGUGAAUUUCGAUUGUCUCGAAGAAUUCGGUGCUCUUUGUGUGUCAUCGUCGUCGUUCAAAUCGACUAUGAUCAUAUAUGCGUAAAACUGAACAAUUGAUUCACAGCAGUUCAGUAGCGUAAUCAACUUGAUCGAUUUAUAUUCAAUUUAACCGAAAAGACAAACAGAGCUCGAUAAAUAUAAUACGCGUCGUUUCCCGUUUGUCUUGUUACACGUUCCACGAUGUUCAUAAACAGCAUUGGUAAUUGUACAGAAUAGAGUACAACUCAUUAAUUUCAAUGAUCUUGAGAUAUGUGUAUUGUCGAAGACAAUAUUCUGAAUAAUAUCUCACCACAACAUUGAUCGCUCUAUAUUUAGCGAUAAAUUGUAAUAGUGAAAUUAUUUAGAACGUUGACUUAACAUAUUUCAAAAUCAUUACAGUCCGUGAGAUGUAGCAUAUUCUAUAUAUAUAAUUACCACAUCAUUUCCGAUAAUGUACGUACAUGUGAGCACGUACUCGCUUGCUACAUCUGUAACGCGUACGCUACUUCAUACCCCUGACACAGUGAAGUAUCGUUAACCUUGUAUCGGUAUUCUGCUAAUAUUCUAAGUUGUUACGAUAUUAAAUGUGAUCUAAUUAGAGAAUUCGAACUAUAUACAAAAGAACGUAAGUUCUUGUCGGUUAAUAUAAUAGCAAUUUUAUCGAUGUUUGGUUUAAGAGUUAUUCACUCGAGGUGCGCUCAUAUGCUAAAAACUUUCUAACUUCGAUAUAUACAAUUUUUUAUUUGGCAUAUCCUCGAGGAAUAACGCGCGUGCGCAUCAUUUUUAACAGACUUAUAACGCACACGUGCAAACAUUCGCAGGCACUCUUAUUAAUAUGUAUAACGCGAGUACAUUGUGCAAAAAUUACAAGAAUAUAAUCGUAAACUGAACACGAAUUAAAUUGUCGAUGAAGCUGCUUUGUCGAACCUACAUACAUAUACAUGGGUAUAUUACGUAUGCGUAAUAUGUGUGACCGCAAAGAAAAGAUCACGUUUCCAAUACUUAUUUCCUUCCUUUGAUACUUUAUGAUGAUACUACAUGUGGGGAAAAAACGCAUUUUGGGAUUGAAAUUAUUCUUUCAUUCUCUUCCUUCCCUAUCUCGCCUUCUCUCUAUACAUAUGUGGAUACGCGCACGCGCUACCAAGCAGGUGCAGAGUAAAUCAUAUAAAUUGUAACGAACGAAUAUCUGUUAAAACGGUACAAUAAUAACCAUUCAAAAUGCUCUUCGUUAACUAACAAAUUGUUUUCGAUUUGAAUGAUUUAAAAGAUAUUCGCUUGCAACAAUUAUGCGUGCACUGUAGAUGAAUGGAAAUGGAACAUUAGCAGAAAUUUGUUUCAUCUACUGAAUAUUAUACCGAAUAUAUUGUAUUUUAUAUA